AAAUACACCACAUACACCAUGUUCGGAAAUUUAAAGUGGGUUUUGUGCUUAUUUGCUAGUUUUUUGAUUUUUGUUCGUAGUGAGAGGGAUGAAGUUAAUUUGGGUUACAAAUUCCCAAAUUUUAAAGCUAAUACGACUGUAGGAGAGAUUGAUUUUCAUGAUUGGCUGGGAAAUUCAUGGGGAAUAUUAUUUUCUCACCCGGCCGAUUUUACCCCGGUUUGCACCACCGAAUUAGCCAGGGUUGUAAAACUGAUGCCAGAAUUUGAGAAACGCAAUGUCAAGGUAAUUGCCUUGUCUUGCGAUACAGUAGCUUCUCAUCUGGAAUGGUCCAAAGAUAUUUUGAGCUAUGCAGGCGAAAUGACCAAGACAUUCCCAUACCCAAUCAUCGAUGAUAGUUCCCGCGAAUUAGCAGUAAAACUUCGUAUGAUUGACCCGGACGAGAAGGAUAAGGAUGGAAUGCCGAUGACCGCCAGAGCUGUUUUCAUCGUGGAUCCCAACAAGAAGUUGAGACUAUCUAUUCUUUAUCCGGCAACUACUGGCAGAAAUUUUGAUGAAAUUUUACGCGUAAUUGAUUCUUUGCAAUUGACUGACCAAAAUUUAGUCGCCACACCGGCAGAUUGGAAGGCUGGUCAGGAAUGUAUGAUCCUACCCACCGUCAAACAAGAGGAUAUCCCAAGUCUGUUUCCUAAAGGCAUGUCUAUGUACAACGUGCCUUCCGGAAAGAAAUACAUGCGUUUGACUCCCGAUCCCAAAAAUAAUUAAAAAAUACUUUUCUUCUUUAUUGCCUCAUUUGGUUCUGUUUUUUGUUUCAUCAAUACUAUGAAGUAGUUUGUUAUACAUAUAAAAUUAUUAUUAAGUUAAUUCUUUGCAUAUUUUAAGAGCAUUGUUUGGUAUAAUAUGAAUUUUGCUCAUUGCAAAAAUAA